UCCAGGACUACAGGGCCAUAAAAUCUCAUUUUAUCUGCAUUACAGUGGUAAUAAAUCUGCACUUAGUGUAGUGUUCUCUGAUGGUGGUUGAAGGGAACUCUGUCAAACUGUAACUCCGAUGAGUCUUUCUCUUAAUGACAGGUAAUGAGCGAGGAAGGACCUUUGUGGGGGGUUGACUGCUUGUCCCACUUCUCAGUGUGAUGCUGCUGAGUGGGACAACUGGAAACAAGACAGCAACUGAGUUAACAGCAGAGGGAUUCACAGACAGAGCAGUUACAGGGGAACUGGGAUUACAGAGGAGUGCAGAUUUCGGUCACUCCUCUGAGCUGGCGUUCGUUGUGGAGCCCAGCGAUGACAUAGCGGUGCAGGAGCAGCCCCUGAUCCUCUACUGCCAGGUGGAAGGCAUCCAGCCCAUCACCAUCACGUGGCGCAAGAACGGCGCCCUGAUUGUGGACAGCGAGAACGCCUUCAUGUUGGCCAACGGCUCGCUGUACGUCUCCCGCUUCCAGAGGGUGAGGGGAGACGGCUCCUCCGACGAGGGCGAGUACGACUGCAUGGCACAGAACCAUUAUGGGCUGGUGGUGAGCCGGAAGGCGAAGAUCCAGGCAGCGACCAUGUCUGACUUCCACAUCCACCCUCAGAAUGCAGUGGUGGAGGAAGGGGGCGUUGCAAGGUUCCAGUGCCAGAUUCAUGGUCUCCCUGAGCCGGUCAUCCUCUGGCAGAAGAACCGCAUGCCAGUCAACACGGACAAUGAAAGGUACACGCUGCUUCCCAAGGGGGUCCUCCAGAUUACAGGACUAAGAGCAGAAGACAGUGGGAUUUUUCACUGUGUUGCCACCAAUAUUGCUAAUGUGAAGUUCAGCCGGGAGGCCAGGCUCACUGUGUCAGGCUCCCACUCCACCGUUUACAAGGACCCCAUGAUUCUUGUUGGACCGGAGAACCUCACGCUGACGGUGCAUCAGACUGCAGUGCUGGAGUGCAUCGCCACAGGCAACCCCCGGCCCAUCGUCUCCUGGAGCCGCCUAGACGGCCGCCCAAUUGGUGUGGAGGGAAUCCAGGUGCUGGGGACAGGAAAUCUGAUGAUCUCAGACCUCAGCGUGCAGCAUUCUGGCAUCUACGUGUGUGCUGCAAACAAACCUGGCACUCGGGUGCGAAGGACUGCUCAGGGCAGGCUCGUUGUACAAGCCCCUGCAGAGUUCGUGCAGCAUCCCCAGUCCAUCUCUAGGCCCGUGGGGACCACAGCCAUCUUCACGUGCGUGGCCCAAGGGGAGCCCCCCCCACAGAUCACUUGGCUGAGGAAUGGGCAGAUCCUGGAGACGAGUGACCACAUCAAGCUGAAGAAUAACAACAGCACUCUGUCCAUCUAUGGGAUCAACCAGGCGGAUGAAGCCAUCUACCAAUGCAUCGCCGAGAACAGCGCCGGCUCCACGCAGGCCAGCGCCCGCCUGACGGUCCUGUGGGCAGAAGGGCUGCCUGGACCCCCGCAGAGCGUGAGGGCCGAGACGGUGUCUGCCACCACCAUCCAGGUGUCCUGGGAGGAGCCCCUGCAGAACACCAAGGAGAUCAUCGGCUACGUGCUGCACAUCCGGAAAGCUGCAGAUCCCGUGGAGAUGGAGUAUCAGGAGGCUGUUAGCAAGAGCACCUUCCAGCAGCUAGUGACUGAUUUAGAACCCUCGACCAGCUAUAGCUUCUAUAUAAAGGCUUACACCUCCCGGGGUGCCAGCAAAGCCUCAGAAGUCACAGUGGUGAGCACACUGGGAGAAGUCCCAGCCAUGCCAUCCCUCUUUAUUAAAGUCAUUAACAGCACGGCCGUGCAGGCGACGUGGGAGCCCUCCAUCAAACUGGGCCAGCACGAAGGCUUCAAGCUCUACUACCGCAAAGUCCACCUCUCCCAGUACACAGGCCCAGUGCUGCUGGCCAGCAACGUCACGGCGUACAACAUCACCCACCUGGAUGCAUCAAUGGUGUAUGAGGUCAAACUCCUUGCCUAUAACCAGCAUGGGGAUGGAAACUCGACCGUCCGCUUUGUGUCCUUGAGGGAAACUGCGGAGAGGACAGUGCUGAACCCCCCGUGCGACUGCAUGAAGGAUGAGCAGAACAACAAAACCUCUGCAACUGGUAUCAUCAUUGGGAUCCACAUCGGCGUCACAUGCAUCAUAUUCUGCGUCCUUUUCCUCAUGUUUGGGUACAGAGGAAGGCUGCUGAUGUGUAAAAAUGUGCAGGAGCAGCUGUCGACUCCGCAGAUCCCGAGGAGCCAGAGGAGCGCUGCGGGGAUCAUCCUGAACGGAGCCGCCCGCAGGGACAGGGACGAGCGGGACCUGAACGGAAAGCAGCUGGACAUGAACGAGCUGGAGAGGUUGUUCCCAGCAUCACCAUGUCCAGAGCAGCAGGACAAGGGGAUAAUGCCUGCUCACAGCCCUCCUGCCACCCACGACGACACCCAGAUAUCCACGUUGCCAAUGGACGAGUUCAGCAUUGUUGAGGAGCAGCCAGACUCUCCCCCCAAAAGCCCUCACAAUGGCAGCCCCGCUGCUUCGGCUCCCCGCCAUGGCCCUGCCAAUGAAGGAUAAACUGCCAAGACUCAAACCCUCUUGCAGGAGUUACCAGAAACCAAAACUGCAGCUGGUGAUGUCUUUACAAUGAUUCAUCAAUCUCAGGUCAAUUGAAGAUUCCUGCAGUCUGAUUGUUAUUUUUUUGUUUUGCUUUAUUUUUUUUAUAUAUAUAUAUAUAUAAAUAUAUAUAUAUAUGUGUGUGUGUAUACAGCCUUUUUGAAACUCUGUGAAGUUUAUCUUUCUGACCUGUCUCAGGCCCCUUGGUGCAUUUCUUUCAACGAUGGCUUUACCAAGACUGGUCAUGAUUGGUUUUCCCAUAGCUGCUAAGUAAAAGGCUCCUUGCAGAGCCUGGCAAACUCCUGUCCCCGACGGCCCGGGAUGCCUCGGUCUCUUGGCAUCACAGACUUCUUCCUGACCAGCAGCUUUAGGACUACUUUUUUGGAUCUAUUUUUUAUUUUGAGAAGACUGGAUUCGGAGCAGUCCUUCUAACUUGACUCCAAAAAUUGAGGCCUGGGAAGGCCAUCUCUCUGUGGAUUGGAUGAUUUUGUACACUUUCACUAUUUCUCAGGAUAUUUUUUUGCUGAUUGAUUAUAGAAUAUGAAGAAAAAAAGAAAAAAGAAAAAAAAGUGUGUCAGAGGAAGCCUGCCUGAGGGCUACUGAAAGACUUGGAUGAACAACCCGAGUGAAAUCAGAACCUACCUCAACCGGAAUGAAUGUCUUCUGGGAAGCAGAAAUGCCUGCGUCUUCCUUCGUGUUCAAAAACAAGUAGUGUAGCACUUGGUCAGUACAAGCUUGGUCCUACCUCAGCCGUCCCGCUCUGUACCUGCCGCAUCGUUGUUGUUUUUGUUGUCGUCCUUCCUGUGUAAAGCACUUCCAAACCUUGAAAGCAAUGUUCUACCUCAAGUGUGCGAGAAAUUCGUGUGUGUGCGUCCUCACCCCCUCCUCCUGCCUCUCGUGCAGGCAGCUGGUGUUAUGAGCUUUAUUUUAGGCACGGUGGGAUUUCGCCUGGUGGAGAUUUGUGUCGUGUUUCUUUUUUUUACCUUUAAAGACUCUGGGGACCAUCACGGAUAUGGCCCACAUGGUGGUUGAUGCCCUGCGGCUUGCCAGCACCGUUGCUCUCACAGAGCCCACUUGGUGGUCCCAAAUAGCUGUCUUGGCCCAUCCUCGGGUGUAUGUGGGAUGGGUGCUCUGGUCUCUGUGCUAAGACCAGGGCACCCUGUGGCCAGGAGCUCGUGGAAACCCCAGCUCAGCACUUCCGGAACCCACUGAGAUGCUCCUGAGUGGGUUUCCAGUGAGCAGGGCCUCGUCUUGAAGUGGCCACCGUGGUCCAUGCAUGGCCAACAAGGUCUUGUUGCUCUUGUCAGGACGGGGUAUGGGAGCUCUGACUGCGAUGCAGAAGGGCUAGCAACACCAAAGAGACUUUCUGUGACCUCCACCAACCUGCCACCAUUUUGGGAUUCAUAGAUUCUUAGAAUCACAGAACGGUUGGGUUGGAAGGGACAUUCAUGAUCAUCUAGGUCCAACCCCCUUGAUGGGGACAGGGCUGCCUUCCAGCAGCUCAGGCUGCCCAGGGCCCCAUCCACCCUGACCAUGGGCACCCACAGCACUGGGCAGCCUGUUUUAUGUUGUCCCAGCCUCACAGCUUGGUGUGUGACUGAUGUUGCCCGUCAGGUCCCCUGCCAUGUGGUUAUUAAAACCAGACAAGCAUGAAGGUUUGAACUCUUGUAGAGGUGGUGGCAAAUCCAACGUCACCGUGUUUGCAGAGAAAAGCAAAAAGAAUCAGGAAAAGAAAUGAGUUUAAGAGAAAUAAUAAUUGUAUUUUUUUAAAUGGUACCAAUGGGAGAGUCUCUUAUGUCAGAAGCAUCCCCCACCACCUUCAUAUUUGGCAACGGGAUGCUGCCAGUAAGUGUGUAAAUAAUACAAUAUAUGGGAUGGUAAGGAAAGUCCUGUCCCGUGUGCUGCAUCCUGGGGAUGGCGAGGGCCAGGUGUGAGCGGGUCCCUGUGCUUCCAGACCAGAUUCAAGCAGCCCCUCUCACCCCACUGGCCGUAUUCCUGCUCCGGUGUGCCAUGGGGACAGCACCAUCCAUCCAUCACUGAAACAGGGCCGGAGCUGAGCCGUGACCAGAAACCCAAACCUCUUCCCAUCCUGCUCCCGGCCCCGCUUCUUGUUUCCUCGUCGUUGUGCGGAACGCCGAAGCUCACAUUGAAGUACUGUUGCCAAAGUGAACCCAUGACUUAGAGUAGCUUUCAGCUCAGGAUCCCCGGAGCUGUGAAUAUGCUAUUAAUUUAAUAUCAUAUUAUUGUGAUAUUGUAAUAGUAUUUCUCAUUACUUCCUUUUAUUAAAGGGAAAUGCUGUGCCAUUUGACUAGUUGGAAUAUGGUAGUACGUCGAGAGUAGAUUUUUUUUUUUCUUUUUAAAUAAUUAUGCAGAAAUGUAAUGGCUUAAACCAGUGCAGAUUCUGGGUUGGUUUGAGACGCUUGAAGAUGGAUGUGAAUCUUUAAAGGCUGUUUUUAGCUGUAUAGCUCUUCCUCUUGUUGAGUUUCUUUGACGCUCUUGUCAACCCAUGCCAAUGGUGGGGCAGCCCUGCAGGGCUGAGGCUGUGUGGCCAGAAGGAUGCAGCCUUCCCCACCUCAUCAAAGCCUCCUGAAUAUACCAAACUGGGCAAAAAAACCCUCCAAAAGGUGGCAAGAGCCGGUCUGUGGGGUCAUCAUGAGCCAGGCUGUAGGCAAACCUGGGCCAGAAAAAGUGAGGGAAGUGUUGUCUGGAGUGGCUUUAAUUUGUAAAGCAGGAAGGAGGAAAAAAUAAGAGCUUGUGUUUGGUUUCAGUUCGGGGCAGAGGAUCAAGCCUGCCCUCGGUUCAUCCAAACUGUUGCCCUGUUUUUGCUGGAAACCAUGGGAUUUCUGUGCUGCCACUGGGAGGACAAGUAGGACAGCAGGUCCCCGCGGGGCUCUGGGGGGAGGCUGCAGGUGUCAAAAUGCUCAUCGCAGGUGUUCUGUGAGCCCUUCCCUGUUCUGUGUCACCAGGGCUUUGUUUCUGCAUUGGGUGUUGGGUCACCAGAAGAUGCAGAUGAGCCCCACUGCUGUGCUCCACCACGUCCCAAACGUUCAACCCAAAGCUUGCCGGCUUUUGGAUUCCUUCUCUUCUUCCCUUUUCCUCUUGGCUCAGAAUGUUUUAUCCAGGUGCAAAAAGCAGUGGAUAAGGGCAGGCUCUGGGUCCCAAGCCGGCUGCUGGCAAUCACCCAUGGCUGGGGCAGGAGUCGCGUCCUGAAGUAUUUUACAAGAAAAUAAUCCCACUAAUUCAACCCCACCUGCCUUUUCAGGGCACAUCCAGAAACCCCCUCACUUUUCUGGCUGUGGUGAGAUGAAAUUGCAGCAAGGAAUUAAGGUAUCCAAAAACUGACUUUCAUUUUAUUAUUUUUUUUUGUAACCCAUAAUGGGCACAACCUAUUCUCGGAGCUCUCAAGUCUACCAGAGAUGGCUGCUACCUCAGGGAUAGUAUCCACGUUGUGUUUAGUUGGACAGGGACUAGUUUGAUGCUGUGACAGGGUAUUUUCACGCUGUUGGAUUCAGGUAUUUAUUUGUCUAAUGUACCUUUCUUCUUCCUUGUUAUGGAAAGAUGCUGAAAUCUUUAAGUGCUGGACCAAUUUGGGAAUUUUAAAGGUUCCACCCCAGAUGGUAUGUUUUUGGUUGGCAGUAUACGAUGAGAGAUGCUGUGCCAGAGACAUUUUGGUGUCAGUUGGGUGGCAGCUGCUUGGUGUGUGCAUAAGGGAGAUAGGUGCAGGGCUGCAAAAGCAGAGCUGAACGUAAUACAUUUCAUGGAAUCAUAGAAUAUCCCGAGUUGGAAGGGACCCAUAGAGAUCACUGAUUCCAUCUCCUGGCUCCACAUGGGACCACCCCAAAAUCAGACCAUAAUUGCACCGACGGGUUUAUUCUAUGUAAGUAUGUACAAACACACUGCUAAUUAGAGAACUACUGAGCAGUCAUUUCCACCACCGCUCAAACUGAUAGGCAGUCAGUGUGGCCAUGCAUACUCCAUCCCCAUGCCCGCAGCAUUUUCCUCCAUCCCUACCCACGCUCAUUGCAAUGGCCUCAAACCCAUCAGGCGUUGGGAUCCUCGCCGAGCUGCCCAGGAAGGAGGGGAAAAGGAAAUGAAAGCCCUAUGAAAACAAGCAGCACAGGGGGAGCGACUGACUCCCUUCAUCUGUGCAAACAGGAUUUGGAAACGGAUCCCUCCCGAUGCUGGGCUGUUCGAGGCAGAUUAAAGAUCCUAUCUAGCAAACCCAACACCGGCUGAUUUAUUUUCCCCCCUCGGCAAAUUGAAAAGAAACAGGGGAAGGGAAGCACCUCUGGACAUGGUUAUGUGGGCUGCCAACGUGCAUCACAUCCAUGCAACGGUGCAUCCCAGGGCAGCAGCUCCAGGGUUACCCCUGGAGCAAUGUUUGGUCACCUCGUUUUGUACAAUAAGGGUGGUGGGCCAGGGCAAAGCCCAGAGAUAGGGGAAAAGAUUUUAAGAGCUCUGGUCACAGUCCUGCAGAGCUGAGGGAUUUUACUUUGGUCAUCAUUGCGUCAUUGGAACUUGCAAUGUCCUUGAGUUUGUAAGAAAGUAAUAAAAAAGAUGAUGCUCAGCUUUUGUCCCGGUCCUUUAUGGAAAUCUACCGUUAAAGAGUAAUGAUAAAAACCCAAAUUGCAAAGCACUUUUUUUCUACUGUUUAUUUUCUACCUUUCUUACUUUGAACUGUCUUGAUAUUUGAAAUCCCAUUGAUGCUACAAUUGCUAGCUCUGUAUUAAAAAAAAAAAAGAAGGAAAAGGAAAAAAAAAAAGGAAAAACCCCCUCUUCUUUUUUUUUUUUUUUUUUUUUUUUGUAGUUUGCUCUGUUUAGAUUUUAGCCCGUGGCUACUUGUACAAGGAAAAUAAAGCUAGAAUAAAUGAGCUAGAGCUAUUCA